CGAAAUCGGAUUCGAAUCAGGAAUCAAAACAAAAUGGGAAAACAACACCAGCUGCUCCUGACAUUUCAAGGUUGGUGCAGUUCACUGUUUGUCUCCUCCGCCAAGUAAUAAGGACGAGGCAGCACUUGCUGAAAUGGAGGGCUACCGUGGAAUUAUUAGCAAAUUUUCAGAUGAAGACGAGCUCGAAUAUGAGGACAUUGAGUAUUUGAUCGAGGAAAGCCACUUCGGGGACCAUAUUCUUGAUACUGAGGAGAAUGAGACCAUAAAAUGCAAUUUGUGCCCGCAAUCAGUUCAAAAGGAUCAGCUUCAAGCACAUAUGGAGGCGGAGCAUUUCAACUAUGAAUGCGAAAAGUGCAGCAAAAGAUAUUACUCAGAAUCGAUGCUGCGUAAGCACCUGCGGCAUGCCCACCUAGCAAGCAUGAACCUUAAGUGUCCUUUCUGUGACAUAGUUCUCAAAACAAAGUACAGCCUGCAGCAGCACAUCUACACGCAUUCCUCCACGGCCCAGUUCAAAUGUUCGUUCCCACACUGCAACAAGGCUUUCAAGCACGUCAACACCCUCAAACAGCACGAAAAGGUCCAUGAAGGGCGUAACCGGCGUGAGUGUCCCGUUUGCCACGAGCAGGUGACUCGACUCUCCGCUCAUAUAUUGACCCACACAGGGGAGCGCCCACACUGCUGUGAUUUGUGCAAUCGUAGCUAUUUGAGCAAGCAGCAACUGAACGUCCAUCGAGCGUCACACUUCGCUGAUGGCUAUCUGUGCGAGAAUUGCAACUUAAGAUUCAAAAGCAUGCCGAGCCUAUACAAGCACCAAAGAUCAAUUCAUGCAGACUCGACGUUCACGUGCCCGGGAUGCGACAAAACGUACAACCGAAGAGAUAAUAUGGUGUCCCACGCGAGGAGAGCGCAUCCGGAUUCGGUUUUAGUCCAGGACAUGAUGAGAAGUUCGAGAUGCAUUUUAGUGCCGUCAUGAUGAGUUCAAGCCUUAUGGGAGCUAGCAUUUGUGACGAAAUUUCCAAAUAUAUCUAUUUUCACAACCAUCUUAAUGUUAAGCAAUUUACUUCGAAAAUAAGAUUA